CAUGGCGGGCCGCGGGGGCUGCCGGCGCGGGCGGGAGCAGCUGGAGCUGGAGCGGCUGGGCGAGCCGGCGCGGGUCGGCUCCUGCCCGCCGUCGCCGCCGCUCUCCUCCUGCUCGCGGCAGGCCUGGAGCCGGGACAACCCGGGCUUCGAGCCCGAGGAGGAGGCGGCGACGGCGGCGGCGGGGCCGGUGCUGGAGAUGGACGUGGAGUGGGGCAGCCCCGGAGCCGGUGCUUCGUCGUCGUUAGACAGCGGCGCGGCGGGGCGCGGCGACAGCGGGCGGCGGCAGCGGCGGCUCCCCGCGGGGCGCGGCGGGGCGGCGGCGGCGGCGAGCGGGACGGAGGCGGCGGGCCGCCACCAGGUGCCGCCCGACGGGAGCCCGCCGCACCGAGCGGCCUGGGCCAAGCGCCUGGCGAGGCGCCUGCGAGGUCUUUGGGGCACAAGACUCAUGGAAGAAAACAACACUAGCAGAGAGCGAUAUCUGAAAAGUGUUUUACGGGAGCUGAUAACAUACUUGAUUUUUCUUGUGGUCUUGUGUGUCUUGACUUACGGGACAGUGAGUUCCAGUAUGUACUAUUAUACAAGGGUGAUGUCGCAGCUCUUCCUGGAAACACCUGUAUCAAAAAUGGAGAAAACUGAUUUCAAAACUUUGUCCACAAUGGAUGACUUCUGGAAGUUCACCGAAGGCCCUUUGCUGGAUGGUCUUUACUGGGAAAUGUGGUAUAACAACAAAACUAUGGCUGAAAACAAAAGCUUCAUCUAUUAUGAGAACCUGCUUCUAGGGGUGCCUCGCAUUCGGCAGCUGAAAGUGAGAAAUGGUUCGUGCUCAAUACCUGAAGAUUUAAAGGAUGAAAUCAAAGACUGCUAUGAUGUCUAUUCUGUAGCUAAUGAAGACACUGCUCCUUUUGGGCUUCGAAACGGAACAGCUUGGACAUACACCAAUGAGAAGGAUUUGAAUGGGAGCAGCCACUGGGGCUUGAUUGCCACAUAUAGCGGAGCUGGUUAUUAUCAAGACCUCUCAAGGACCAGAGAAAUGACAGCUGUGCAGAUUGCUAGCCUUAAGAAGAACCUGUGGCUGGACAGAGGGACGAGAGCAGCUUUCAUUGAUUUCUCCGUAUACAAUGCAAACAUCAACCUAUUUUGUGUUGUUAGGUUGUUAGUGGAGUUUCCAGCUACUGGAGGCCUUGUUACAUCUUGGCAGUUUCAGCCAGUGAAGCUAAUUCACUACAUCUCUACUUUUGAUUUUUUCUUGGCAGCCUGUGAAAUGGCAUUUUGUCUUUUUGUUCUUUAUUAUAUGGUGGAAGAGAUCUUAGAAAUUCACAUUCAUAAACUGCACUACUUCAGAAGUCUUUGGAAUUGUCUUGAUAUCCUGAUCAUUGUGCUCUCUGUGGUAGCUAUAGGAAUUAACAUCUAUAGGACAUCAACUGUAGAUAUGCUCUUGAAGAAACUGCUGGAAGAUCAAAACUCAUUUCCCAAUUUUGAACCUUUGGCAUAUUGGCAAAUACAGUUCAACAAUAUUGCUGCAGUCACUGUGUUUUUUGUGUGGAUUAAGCUUUUCAAAUUUGUGAACUUCAACAGAACAAUGAGUCAGUUAUCCACUACCAUGUCUCGCUGUGUCAAAGAUGUCAUUGGCUUUGCUACUAUGUUUUUUAUUAUUUUCUUAGCAUAUGCUCAGUUGGCCUAUCUUGUGUUUGGCACUCAAAUUGAUGACUUCAGCACUUUCCAGGACUGCAUAUUUACUCAGUUCCGCAUCAUUUUGGGAGACUUUAACUUCACAGAGGUUGAAGAAGCAAAUCGAAUUUUGGGACCAAUUUAUUUCACUACAUUUGUGUUCUUUAUGUUCUUCAUUCUUUUGAACAUGUUUUUGGCCAUUAUCAAUGAUACAUAUUCUGAAGUCAAAUCAGAUAUGGCACACCAGAAGGCGGAAAUGGAACUCUCUGACCUUAUCAGAAAGGGCUACAACAAAGCCAUGAUCAAACUUAAAUUGAAGAAAACUACUGUUGAUGACAUUUCAGAAAGCCUGAGACAAGGUGGAGGGAAAUUAAAUUUUGAUGAGCUCCGACAAGAUCUAAAAGGGAAGGGUCACACUGAUGCAGAGAUUGAAGCAAUAUUUACCAAAUACGACCAGGAUGGGGACCAGGAAUUGACAGAACAUGAACAUCAGCAGAUGAGAGAUGACCUGGAGAAAGAGAGGGAGGAUCUCGAUCUGGAUAGGAGCUCUCUGCCGCGUCCUCUGAGCAGCCGCAGCUUCCCCCGGAGCUUGGAUGACUCCGAGGAGGACGAGGAUGAAGACAGUGGACACAGUUCUAGGAGGAGGGGCAGCAGCUCUAGCGGGGUUUCCUACGAAGAGUUUCAAGUGCUCAUGAGGCGGGUUGAUCGCAUGGAGCAUUCUAUUGGCAGUAUUGUUUCCAAGAUCGAUGCUGUUAUCGUAAAGCUUGAAGCAAUGGAGAGGGCCAAACUGAAAAGGAGAGAUGUGUUAGGGAGACUACUGGAUGGAGUGACAGAGGAUGAAAGACUGGGUCGAGACAAUGAAAUCCACAGGGAACAAAUGGAGCGGCUUGUGCGAGAGGAGUUGGAGCGCUGGGAAUCGGAUGAUACAGCAUCCCAAAUGAGCCAUCGUUUGGGUACGCCACUUGGACUGAAUGGCCAGCCUCGUUCGAGGAGCUCCCGACCAUCUUCCUCGCAGUCGGAUGGUAUUGAUGGAGGAGGAGGAAAUGGGGGGAGUAACAUCCAUGUUUAAGAUUAACUUUGUAGUUCAUUCUGUACGUUUCAGGUCAGUAUUAAGCCAACAAAUACACUAUUUAAAUUGUUUCCCAGAGUUAGGUGAUCACCCUGAUCAAGCCAUUAAAGAAAGGUAUCAGUGGUGGGUAAAAAUAAAUAUUUUCUUUGUAGGAAUUUUCAAAACUACAUAAACCAUGUGUCAGGUCAAAGUUACCAGUAUUGAGAUUAGUUAGCCUUGGAAAUGAAUUUCCAGAAGACAGAAUGUAAACGAGAUGUGUUAAAGUCUCGCUGCACAGAAUUGUUUCUCUACAUAUGCUACAGGGAACAGUUUCUUGAGGGCAACAAACUAUCUAGAUGAAAUUUACAGUAGGUACUUGCUGUGUUCAAAAGUUUCCAAUGAAUGAGCAUGAGUUUUAUGCUUUCCAUUGGAAAGUACAAUUCUGAAAUGCUAACUCUAGAACAGAUGGGUGCACUUGAUACUUUUAAAAAAGUAUUAAUACUCUGAAUUUUUACCUACUUUCCAGAAUCUUUCUUGAUAUACUAGGGUUUUAAUUAAUUUUAAGCGCUCAUUUUUAAUUUGUCUAUUUUUUGAGAAAUACUGCAUUUCUCUAAACAGAACUGUACUUUGCUUGUAAACCUGUUAAUCAUCUUUUUCUGUAAGAGAGACCAUAUGCAGUACAUAUGUUCUAUUUCAUUAGUGUUUUAAAAGUAAUGUUCAAGAACGGCCUCUUCGCCCAUCUAAUGUUAUUGUUAUCAACUUUGUUGCACUGUGUCUAUUUUUAAUGCCACGUUUUCAUGACCUAAGUAUAUCCGGGAUGAAUAUUCCGCACUUUAUUUUAUUAGAUAAACACGAUCGCUUUGCAGAAAGUAUAUUCCUUAAAAGCACAUGAGAUUGAAAACCAGCCUUUGUUGUGUUUGAGGGGAAAGGGGACAAGGAAAAGUUGUGGACAGUUGGAAAAAGCCAAUCAAGUGUUCUGUCAAAUAUUAAUCAUUUGUCUUGCAUAUUUAGCCUGUACUUACGUUUAAUAGACCUGCUUGUAACAUUAUUAGAUACAUUUCUACGUAUGCUUUUUUUUCCUGGAGUGCAAUGCUGGUUCCCUUUGGCAAGGUGUUUUUGCUAUAACCGCUUUUUUGUUUUUUUUAGUAUUUCACGUUCUGUGUUUUCUGAGACUGCAGAGCACUUUUUGGGUUUGGAAGGAGGUGCAACACUGAAAAUAUGUAGGAUUGCAUAGAAAGCAUCAAGGCAUAGUAUUUAUAGCUCUGUGUAGCAGCAUGUUUUGAUAGGUAACACAGUGGUUUGGGGAAUGAGGUUGUCAAUUGUGUGUGCUGGGUUUUUUGUUUUUUUUUUUUUUUUUUUCCUUGAAGAUGGCAGUCUUGUAUUAAAGAUUUACAGUUGAUUUAAAGAAAAAUGGAAAGCUACAUAAUCGAACACACAUUUAAGCUAUUAAUAGACAAUACAGAGAAAAAUGCCUGUUUAACAAGAUAUAAAUAACAUUUCAUAAUUAGAUUUCAUAGAUUUCAUAAUGCCUUUUCCUGUAUGUAAGUUUACAGGAAACUAAAUGUACAGAAACUUUCUUAAUGCAAGAUGGAGAAGAAGGAAUUUUAAUGUGGAGACUGGAAUUUUGUAGUAGAUCAAGAAUAGAACAAAGCAGGAAGACAAAUCAUGAUUUUUGUGAAGGUUUUUCUUUCUCCUCUCCUUUUUUUUGGCCCCUUUUUUAUUAGGAUAAAAUUCGAAGACUUUUUCAAAACAGACUGUUGCUAUCCCAGAACACACCCAGCAAUACAAUGGUUAGGGUGCUUGUGUGAAAUAAGAGGUGCUCAGACUAAGCUCCUGUUUUGCCUUUACCAGAAGGUUUUGGACCUUAGAAGCCUUCUCGAGUAAAGCUUUGCUUUGCUAAACUAGCAUUUCUGAUUAAAAUUAAUACUGGUUCUACGUAAGGUUAACUGGUGUGCAAGGAAAACAGACAAUACAAUCAAAUUUACAAUAUACAAAAUCUUGUCUUUGUAUUCAUAUCCUAGGUGUGUACCAUGUUGGUAAGUGUCAUGAUUCACAGUUUAAACUUCGAGGCAUACUAACAAAUUAUGCUCAUGUAACAUUUAACAGAUGUUGGGUUUAUAGGGUCAGCAAUUGCCUAAAUGCCAGGAUAGUAUUUAAAUAGACUGUGUAUUUAAAAUUACUAGCUUUGUUCAAAUGACCCAGCUUGAGCUUUUUAGCAUUCAGCUGAAAGCUACCAAGAAAACUGUUUUGUGCCUGUGGCUGUUAAAGCACGUGGCACACUGCUCUGGGGGUUUAUGGCAGCGGGAAUUGGGGAGUGCGGAGAGGAAGCGGUGUAGCAGUUGUUUGUUGGUGAGGCAGGGCUGCUUUGGAAAAAAGCAAAACAAAACCUAUCAGCAUGUUUUUAAAUACAUUUCCUGUAAAAAUGUAUCUUUCAGCAUGUAAACUCAAUCAUGCAGCUUCUCUUUCUUUUGUAGUAUGUGUUUAUUAUGAAAACCAAAAUGUUUGCUUUCAUAGCUGUAUUUUUUCCAAGUAUAUUUGUGUAACGUGUCGUUACUUAAUAACAAACUUCAUCUUGAAGUGCAGUAAGUUUUCAUGGGGUACCCGUGUGUGCUGACAAUGGGCCUUGCAGUAAGUGCAUGGCAAUUUGACAAAUGUUUUGAACAUUUUUAUUAUGGUUUAUUUUCCAAUUUUAGAUUUUCUAAUAUCGUUUGUCACUUAUUAUUAAAGUAAGGUUGUUUGCAUAGGAAAGAAUGUAAAGUCUUUGAUCUUCUUAGGAAGCUGUUAAUUAUGCAGGUCUUCUACAAUGAUCAAGAAUUUAUUGGUCUGUAAAACUGAGCACUUUACUUACUAAUAAACAUUUUAUAUAAUGUAUAAAA